AUGUUUCCCAACAUUAAAAUCCAAGAUGUGGAGAAUUAUUUGAUCCACAGUAACCACAGGACUGUCGAUGCAAAGAAAAUGAAGUGCUAUAGACAAUAUAUUAGAGGAUUAAAUUUUUUCAAAGAGGGCUACAUACAUAAGAUUAUGAUGAAUGAGAUAAAUCCUGACAGCGAGUAUUGCUAUAUACGAUCAAAAUGCUAUCCUUCAAUCAAGCAGGGUGUGUAUGAGCAGUGGAUCCUAAUGACAAAGAAACCCCCUUUUCACGUCCAGAAAGCAAGUUGCACGUGCCCAGCAGGCCUUGGUGAAGGAUGUACCUAUGUUGCUGGACUGUUGUUUGCCCUGGAAGGACGCCCUGUGACAGACGAUGAUGUUCCAUGCACUUCAAAGCCUUGUGAGUGGAAUCGACCCAGCAAAAGAAAGAAAGAUACUAAACCUGUGCAAGACAUGAGUUUCAAGAAGAUCAAAUUAUCCUGA